CGCCCGCCCCCGUAAGUAUAAAAGUCUCCCCAGGGCCGGCCCAGACGGUUUCGGAGCUGGUCGUCGUGCCCGUCCCGCUGACCGCGUGCCUGCUUCGGGGAACCAUGUCUGCCAACGAGACAGAAGCCACCACCGGCACCCAGGCGACAGCAGAAGAACCGGCCCAGCAGCCCAGCGUGGUCGACCGCGUGGCCGGCAUGCCCCUCAUCAGCUCCACCUGCAGCAUGGUGUCCGCGGCCUACGCCUCCACCAAGGAGAGCCACCCCCACGUCAAGACCGUCUGCGACGCGGCCGAGAAGGGCGUGAAGACCCUCACGGCGGCCGCCGUCAGCGGGGCCCAGCCCAUCCUCUCCAGGCUGGAGCCACAGAUCGCAUCGGCCAGCGAAUAUGCCCACCGGGGCCUGGACAAGCUGGAGGAGAACCUUCCCAUCCUGCAGCAGCAGACGGAGAAGGUCCUGGCGGACACCAAGGAGCUCGUCUCGUCCAAGGUGUCGGGGGCCCGAGAAGCCGUGUCCAGCACGGUGUCCAGCGCCAAGGACACAGUGGCCACCCGAGUGACGGAGGCAGUUGAUGUGACCCGGGGCGCCAUGCAGACUGGUGUGGAUGCGACCAAGUCCGUGGUGACCAGCGGCGUCCAGUCGGUCAUGGGCUCCCGUGUGGGCCAGAUGGUGCUGAGUGGGGUGGACACGGUGCUGGGCAAGUCGGAGGAGUGGGUCGACAACCACCUGCCCAUGACGGAUGCUGAGCUGGCGCGCCUCGCCACGUCCCUGGAGGGCUUCGACAUCGCGUCGGUGCAGCAGCAGCGGCAGGAGCAGAGUUACUUCGUGCGCCUGGGCUCGCUGUCGGAGCGGCUGCGCCGGCGGGCCUACGCGCACUCGCUGGGCAAACUGCAGCUCACGCGCCAGCGCGCGCAGGAGGCCCUGCUACAGCUGGCGCAGGCGCUCAGCCUGAUGGAAACCGUCAAGCAAGGGGUCGAUCAGAAGCUGGUGGAGGGCCAGGAGAAACUACACCAGAUGUGGCUCAACUGGAACCAGAAGCAGCUCCAGGGCACAGAGGGGAACCCGGCCAAACCGGAGCAGGUCGAGACCCAGACGCUCACCAUGUUCCGGGACAUCGCCGAGCAGCUGCAGGGCACUUGCGCCUCACUGGGCUCCAGCAUCCAGGGGCUGCCCAGCCACGUGAAGGACCAGGUGCAGCAGGCCCGCCGCCAGGUCGAGGACCUCCAGGCCACUUUUUCUGGCAUCCAUUCCUUCCAGGACCUGUCCAGCACGAUCCUGACGCAGAGCCGAGAGCAGGUGGCCAGGGCCCGAGAGGCCCUGGACCACAUGGUGGAGUACGUGGCCCAGAACACGCCCAUCAUGUGGCUGGUGGGACCCUUCGCCCCGGGACUCGUUGAGAAAGCCCCGGAAGAGAAGAAAUAGGACAGGCAGGAGGAGGCGCGAGCGACUUCGUCUCUCCCGGAGGGGCCGGCCUGCGCCCUGGUCCCACCGCCCCCACGCCUCACUUGGAACAUGCGUCCCUCGCCAUCCCCCCAGCCCGCCUUGGCUGCCGCCUCGGGAAGCAGACCACUGACCAGUCCCUCCCCCUCUGCGCACUCAGAGGGAGCACGUCCUGAGCCUCACCUCCUCAGUCACUAGGGGGAAGUUUCCAGAAAAAAAUGCUUUCCAGGAGGUCCUCAGUCCCCCCAGUUUCUAUUUUCUUAAAAACCAGGGACAGAUUUCUUACAUCCCCGCCUCCUUUUCUGCAGCAAGGCCCCUGGGUUUCAGCCUUUAGCUGCCGGACUUGGGACUUCUGGCCUCCGAAGUGGGCCUCCUGGGGAUGGGGUUGAGGCAGGGCUGCUGAGGCCCAUUCGAGAGCAGACGGGGGCUGAGGCUUCAGUGCUGCCUUAAUAAAUUUUACCUGCAGCUAA